AUGGCGACACGGUACAAGUACACGGGCGCAAACGAGAUGCAGCAUCGCACGAGAAAAGAGCGUCGGUUCGACGAGACCGAGCACGAACUACCCAACUUCUCUCAGUUCACAUCCGCGCUGACCUCAACCGACAAAGCCUCCUAUCUUCUAUCCUAUCUCGGCAAGAAGAAUCCCUUCCCGCGCUCCAUCACAGAGGACGACACGGUUUGGUUGCUCGAUAAUACCGCGUAUCGCAACGAGAAAACGGGAAAAUGGGAGGCUGAAUUCGUCUCGGCUGCCUUCUCCCAGCACUCCUCUUGCGCUGUCAUUGACGCGGUCACGGCCAUCGCGGGCAAGCUUGACUUGGACGAGAAAGACCCAAACUACCCCACGAUCGAGGAACGGCUCCGUCCAUUUGUACAGGACAUCAAGCCCGGUUCGCAGGUCAAAGCGGUGCACGGAAAGACGACGCUUAAGCUUGGCCCUGGCGGCAGGAAUGGAAUCAGUAGUGACAUCAAGACACUCCCAGAUGGUAAAAGCGGCGCGCUAGUCCCUACAUCUGCGGAAGUCCCCAAGGGUGCCAAUGGCGAGCUGAAAAUGAAUACGUUCUACGCUGAACCUGAGGGUUGGGGUGUGAUAUCGGAUAUCGAUGACACCAUCAAGAUCACUCAGACGAGCGAUCCGAUCGGGAUCCUGCGAACCACCUUCCUCGAAACCCCCGAGGUCUGCCCUGGAAUGCCCGAGUUAUACAAGAAUAUUCAGUCGCUCGUCCAAGACAAGUCACCGUGGUUCUAUCUAUCAGCCUCGCCGUACAAUCUGUACCCUUUCUUGCGCGAUUUCCGAGACCAGAACUAUCCGCAAGGCACCAUCAUCUUGCGCGAUGCCAGCUGGAUGAGUCUGCCGGGGCUACUGACAACACUUACCCUGGGCACGGAAGACUACAAGGUUGAUCGCAUGGAGAAGAUUUACUCGUGGCUUCCCAAGCGCAAGAUGAUUUGCAUUGGCGAUUCAACGCAGUCUGAUCCCGAGGCUUAUGGGGAGAUUUAUCGAAAAUAUCCUGGCUGGAUCAAGGUGAUCCUCAUCCGCAAAGUGGAAGACAUUGCAGCCAUUGGGAUCGAAGCCAAGAAUGAGCCGGAGCGGUUCGAGAAGGCCUUCAAGGAUGUGCCGAAGGAAGUAUGGCACGUCUUUUCGGACCCGGCUGAGUGCAACAAGCUGUCAUACACUUCAUCACCAACCAAGAAGCCAUCCUUUAAUACCCCACGCUUCUUCUCUAUUCACUCCUCUCCCGUCCAACAACACCAUCACACCACCACCAACAUGUCUCCAUCGCCCCCACCCAAGCGCCAAAAGUCCUCCAAAGACGUCCCCUACGAACUCAUCUACUGGCCCGGCAUCCCCGGCCGCGGCGAGCACAUCCGCCUCGUCCUCGAGGAAGCCGGCGCAACCUACACCGACACGGCGCAGAUCCCCGACGGCGUCGCCGAAGUAACCGCGCAGAUCUCCGACGCCAACGUCGGCGACGACCUCAACCCGCCCCCCCUCGCUCCCCCCAUCCUCCGCCACGGCAGCCUCACCAUCUCGCAGACUCCCAACAUCCUCCUCUACCUCGGCCAGCGCCUCGGCCUGGUCCCCGCCGAGGACGACGGGGAGCACCCCGACGCGCUGUACAAGGUCAACGCGCUCGCGCUGACGGCGCUCGACGGACUGAGCAACGAGGUGCACGACUGCCACCACCCGAUCGCGUCGGGCUUGUACUACGAGGACCAGAGGGAGGAGGCGAGGAGGAGGAGUGCCGACUUUGUGAAGAAUAGGCUGCCGAAGUAUCUGGGGUACUUUGAGAGGGUGUUGCAGGGGAAGGCGGCGGGGGAGGGGCCGUGGUUGUAUGGGGGGGCGUUGACGUAUGCGGACUUGGUUUUGUAUCAGUGCAUCGACGGCACCAAGUACGCCUUCCGCAAAGCCAUGGCCACCAUCGAGCGGUCGGGCAAGUACGCGCAUGUGUUCAAGCUGUACGACGCCGUGAAGGAGCGGCCUAGGAUCCAGGAGUACCUCGCGAGCAAAAGGAGGCAGGACUACUCGAUGGGGAUCUAUCGAUACUAUGACGAGUUGGAUAUUGGGCUUGAUGGGGAAUAG